AUGAGAAGCCCCGAAGACAAAGCUCUCUAUCGCAGCCACGUGUUCAAGUUGGCCCAAGGUAGAGCGAUUCCGGUCUCUCAAACGGAAUUCUGGCUGUAUUUCUGGACGCAACCGGAAUCCACAACUGAAAUCUUUAGUGCAGCAUCAAUCGCCGAGUGGCGGACCAUAAGGGACCAAAACCCCGUUAAUGUGUAUACUUUGUUGGUAGUAUUGUUCCGUCGAAUAGUGGGGUUCAAUUUAUCCAAUGCUCCUAACCUCAACCAAGCUUCAACCAAGUUACUUAAUUGCAUUCGACUCGUCACAAGAGUCCUACCCGUUUUAUAUGGGAGUCAUGAGUAUGCUUCUGUGUAUGAGUUCCAACUCUUUUGGAACGAGAAAGACUAUGACCCUGUUGAUUUAAUCGACAAGGACAAGUUGGCUUCUGCUUCCACCACGGGGGGUCCUUACAAUACCCCUGAAAAGGUGUUUGGGGUUACCAUCGUGCGGUGUUUGGUAGACUUACUUUUUGUUAGGGGGUUCACCAUGUCGCGGUUUAGGUCAGAUACCCUAUGGGAAAAAGGCAUCAGUGGUAGCAGUAGCAGUCACAGCCACAGUAACAGUGGUGACAGUUCUACUGCUCCCAUUGAUUCCAUUGUAGACUGCAACAGAUCAGAGGUCCUAAAAUUAAUUCUUACUUUGUUCAGUUCCACCAUGUACCAGAAACUUGAAGAUGUCACUUCUGAAAAUAACAACUUCUUAUUGCUCUUCAUCACCAGUUGUCCCAAGCAAAAGUUGUUGGAUUUGACUGCCUCGUUGCUCAACAUUGUGUGUCGUUCGGGGUCCAACUCAAGUAGUACCAAUGGUUUAGACUUCUCGACCCAAGAACAGUUGGAAGCUCGUCAUAUUUGUGUGGUUCAAGCUGCUCAACUCUUGACGUUAAUGACGGUGUUCCCGAUAAGAGAUAGUGCUGAAUUGAUCACCAAUUUCCGUUUAUAUUCAGCCUCCAAACCUUAUAACAUGGUCAGAGUGUUUUUGGGGAACAUCAAGAGCGAAACAGACUUGACUUAUUUGGCUAAUAGCUUAAUGAAUAUCAUCUUACAACCUUUGGCAUUAGCAGAUUCCACAAAUUAUAAUUUUCAAAUGGGAGGAAGAACCAUCCAGCCAGCUCCAUGGGUUCCAAAUGUCAUAAUGCUAACAUGGGAGUUACUUCAAUGUAAUUCAAGACUUAGAGCCAUCAUUGCAAAGAAGCACGCUCCUAAAUUGCUUAUUGGACUCACAUAUAAUACCAUAACGUUUUGGAAUGCAUCUCAUCAUUCGAAUUUGGUCAGGGUGUCGUUGUUCUUUAUGUUAUAUUUAUCUGCUGAAUUGAAACUCAUAGCCAGCAUUUUCAGACCAUUAAGUCGAACUCUUUAUGAAUCAUUACCACGAAGUUUCCAUCUUCCUUAUUAUCCGCAAUCAACCAGAGACUUUUUGAUUGUUCAUUUAUGUCGUACAUUGACAAGUGCAUUCCCUCAGCAAACCUCGUCACCCAGCAUUAAUAACAAUGUUAAUACUCAUUAUCAUACAAAAAAUACAAUGACAGACUCAAUCUUGACGACCAUAGUUGAAAUAUUGUACAACCUUAUUCCCUGUGUUUCUCCCAUUGCAUUUGAUCAAGAAGAUGACCCCACCAAACGAUUAUCUAAUUACAAUAAAGAUGGUGGAUUGGCAUACACCACCAGUUGUGAAUUGAUUCUGUUAUUGGAUAAACUUUCCAAUCGACAGUUCCUAUUGGCCAAACCACUGCACAUUGAUUUGCUUGCCCUAUUAGUUAGAGUAACUUGUGUGGUGGGGAUUAAAUAUCCUCAACAAUCUAGAAUGCAUUUAUAUGCCAUGAAGAAAAAUCAAAAAUCUUUUAUUAAUAUUCAAACCACCAUGAACAGUUUCAGCUCCGAAUACUUUAAAGGGAAUCUGUUACGAAUUAUUUCCGAUACGGUUGGAACUCCAAUUUCUGUUGAUGCUACUUCCCCUACAGUUAGGACCACCAGUACGUUAAACAAUUUGGAAAACUCAGUUGAUGUCAUGCCGUCCUUAUCAAGAACAGCAUCUCAUAGAUCGGAUCAAAUGUCUAUAACCUCAUCGCAGUACAUACAAGAUUCAGAGAUCAAUGAGGCAUUAUUUAUUCAAAGUUUAAACAGACAAGAAACCAAUUAUACUCGGUCAAACUCCAUUUAUUCAUCCACAAUCAUCCAACAGGAAGAGAAUAGAGAACUCCUCGAUGAUGAUUUGGAAUCGUUGGUAGUAUCGGAAGACGAAGUAGUUGACGAAGCCUUACAUCCAAGGUUACCAAUUGGGAUGUCUAAGGAUGCACGAGAGAAAUUACCCAUAGAUGCUCCGUUAAAGAAAGUAUGGGCAGGGAAUGAGCCUCUUAAAAUCAUCACCACAAUCAUAUUACCAUAUUUUGAAACCCCCUCGACUACAGCUACAGUUACAGUUCCUAUAGACGGAUACACUUGGAUCAAUGACUUUGAUCUGACUAAAUUCUCCAAGGCAAUCUUACAAUACAAGACCAAGAUACCCUUGGAGUACCUCUCUGACACACCAUUGGAACCAUUGGAGUUUCUCUGGAGUCACAUCUCCCUUGGAUGGUAUAUUUCUAUCGUUUGGAGCAACAUCUAUAAUACUAACCAUAAUGUGAAGACAUACAUUAGUCAGAACCAGAACAUUAUGAACAGUUUAUCGACCGGGCUUGCCUCUUUAGGCAAGUGGACGGGACUAGUGAAACAAAAGGUAACUAACGAAUAUGUCCCCCUUGAAUGGACAAGAAAGUCUUUGACCACCAUCAACCAUUGGUUUGGGACAGAGAUUAAAUUAUUCAAAGUCAAUGAAGCACUUAAUGAUGGGAUCUUUGGGGCCAUAAGUAGCAAAUUGACCAACAUCACGGGAGGAGUCAAUGGGAAUGGAGAUUCCCCUACGUUAUUCCGAAAACUUAAUGAAUCUCGACAGAGAAAUGGCAGUCACCCAACCAUAAUAGAAGACACAGACACCAGAUUAGGUCGUCAACAGAGGAACUCAUUAACUUCAUUGCAUUCAUUGAACACCCUCAAUAGAUCUAGAGCAAGUACGCCUAGAAACUCCAUGUGCAUUUAA